AUGUUUUUGAUUAACGUUCCUUUGCUUUCAUUUGUGUACCUUUUUGGAAUCCUAUACGAUGAAUGUGCAGCCAGGACCAAUUGGGAGGCCACGCCCCUAUCGAUAGGGGGAUCGACCACAAAUCCAAGUGCUAUGGACAUAGAUCUGCGACUUGAGCGCAUUUCGAGAUCAGAGUUCGGCUUUUCGGGCACAUUCUUCUGGAACAUUGAUAUGGAUGACAACGUGAUGGUCGAGAUGCGCAUUUUGAACAGCUACUCCGGUAACGAGGACGACUACAAGCUGACCCCCUAUUCCAUCCAACCGCAGAAAUUCAUUGACUACAUCAACACCUUCUACAAGGACAUGCUGAUUCCCAAUCUAGGAAACUGCACCGAUAUGCCAAGGUUCGAUGACGGGUAUGUACCGCCCUGGCCCAAGGCGACCUUCAAUUUCACCCGCUGCACCCUCAACGGCAAGGGACUGCCGGAUAUUUUGGCCGAGGGCUUCUAUAGGGGCGAGGCCAUCAUCACCGCCCUGCCAACUGUUGCAGUAAACAUCUCGGCCACUCUGCGGAUCAAAACGAAAAUGUUCUAAAUUCCGAACAAUUAAAUCGCACAAUUCCUCCCCGUCUAUUGCCAACUGUUUUUGCUUUCGGGCAUUCCCAAGGUGUGAGCCGAAUUCCAGCUGCGACGAGAUCGUCAUAAAGUCCGCCGGACUCACGGGCCAAUAAAUGAACCGGGCCAGGUAGAAAUCGCUUAAAGCCA